AAUCCAUCGAUGGCUGACAGAGAAGUCGAGUGUGAACAGUUUAUUGGCGACGAUUCUGAACUCUAUUGUCGGAACAAAGACAAAACUUUGGUGACUAUGCUGACGAGGAAAAACAUUGGCAUGUAUUUACAGUUUGUUUUGUUCGGAAUCGGCUCAGUUCUUCCCAUAUUCGUGAUUUUCGCCGCAGUUGAUUACUUCGAUGACAUUUUUCCUCACAGGCAACCAGAAUUUGCAAUGAAUGCAAUCUACAAUCCGCUGCUCUUCUGUGGUUGUUUCGUUAACUUGGUGUGGGGUCGUGCUGCUAGUUUCAAAUGGAGGAUUGUCAGUGGAUUUUCAGUCGUAGUCAUAUGCAUGUUGGGCUUCAUUUUUCUUGAUCAGCUGGAGUUAUGUGGGUCAACAUGUCUGAGGAGCCACUACUGGUCCGUUCUGUUUCUAGCAGGUAUUCUUGGUUUAGUAGAUGCCGUGUGCCAGUCUACUUUAUUUGGUCUUACUACUCAUGCUCUACCACCUAUAUACACCCACGGACUAAUGCUUGGUGUAGGCUUAUGUGGUCUCCUUAUGACGUCUUUAAGAGUUUUGACGAAGACUGCUACCAAAAAUCUUCAUGUGUCGAGCUAUUACUACUUUGGGACAGCAGCCAUAUUUACUUUGGUAGUGGUAGGUGUUUACUUUCAUCUCAUUAGAGGUGAUGCAUUUCAACGGUACUACUCUCAAGCUCCAAGAAGUGGUGUUGAUACUGACUGGAAGCAUCCUUUUCAACAUUUUGCAUUCUUUACAAGUGAAGCACUAAGGGUGUUGCGCUACAAACAUGUCUUCUGCCACUGUUUUUUACUUACAUUAGUAACUGCUCAACAGUAUGUUGUGAUACCAUCAGUGGCUACCAUGGCAACAGACUUCAUUGGUAAUGGUUGGUUCCCUGUGUUGUUAAUUUUAGUAUACAAUAUUGGUGAUGUUAUUGGCCGAGGGCCAUUAGCUUUGUAUUACAUGUAUUCUAUUUGGUGGGCAUGGUUAUCAACUCUUGCUCGUUUCUUAAUCAUUGCUGGCAUCUGUCUGAGUGUACCCCCUCACAGUAUGAGUACAAGGCCUGCCUUGAUGGCAACUUUUGUUGCAGUACUUGGUCUAUCAACUGGUCACCUGACAACAUCCCUUAUCUCUUACUCUUCAUCUGAAGUACCAGGAAGAGCUAAGGAGACUGUUGGAUACUUGAGUGUGUUAAGCAUGACACUUGGAAUGGCUGGUGGAAGUGCUGCUAGUUAUUUCAUUAAAGCCCUCUUGGAUAGGACUGGCUAAUUUAAUUCUGUAUGUAUUGCCAUUAGCAGGUUUAGGAUUUGUUCUCCCUGUCUAGCUGCUAUACACUUCCUUGUAAAGUAAUUGCAAGAAUGUGGUGUUAGAUCAAGAAAAUUUCUAAUUGAUAAGUUAGAUUGUUCUCAUAACCUGUAUGCUUGAUAAUGAAUGAAUGUUACAGGGAGAAGUUUCAUAUAAAUUACUUGUGGGAGUUAUAGGGUUAAGGAAUGUUAUUUUGUUCUUUCAAUAUAAUGUAUGAGUCACUACUGGCUCAAGAUGUGACAGGUACAAAGGAUAUUAAUCUUUGGGGGAAUCAGUGAGUCUAAAAACCCAUUACAGUACAAAGGAGUGGAUCGACUCUCCUUGGAGGGAAGAUAUUUUGGGCACUGGAGGAAGUACACCAAGAGAAUUAUGGGAGAAAAAUGUUGCACCUCUAUGGUUCUUUGAUAAUAACAAUGAGUUAAGCUGACUAUGAUGGCAGGAUGGUAGAAGGGGAAACUUAAAUCCCCUUCUAAGGCUAUUCCUCUUUUUAUAAGUUUGAUUAAAACUUUUUAUAAGUUUGAUUAAAAGUUAUGAUUAAAACCUUAUCGGAUAUGGUGAAAGUUUGUUAAAAAAAAAAUUAAGGGAUCGACACAAGAAAUAGAAAUAGUGAUAACUUAACAGUUACACCAGCUUUAUUCUAGGUGCAAGCAAUUCUAAGAGGGUUGCAAAUUAUUCAUGCUUGGUUUGCAUACAACAUUAAAGGAAAGAGAAUUACA